GCCCGCCGCUCCGCUCCCCGACUGGAGUAAGUGUCUGGGUGGGCACGCUGGGUUGGAUUUGCCGCUCCCACGUCAGGAAAGCUGGGGAGGGGGAGCAAGGGGCGCGCGGGGCCUGGAACGCGCGUGGGUCGACGGCGCGGGGGGACGCGGGUGCCCCGAAAGUGGGGCGUGGCCGCGCGGUGCUGUGACCCCAGCAGUCCCGGGGGGCGGGGGCCUGGGCGAGCGCCGGGCUAGGAUUCCCUUCCGGAGUUCCGCAGCGGCAGAGGACGGCGACGCGGUCCGGUGAGUCGUACGUGGCGUCCAGCUCGGCAGGUGACGCCGCUGACCCCGUACCCCCGGACCCCGGGCGCCCAGGGCCAGCGCCCACUGAGGCCUCAAGGCGGCCGGCGUGGGAUGGGGGCGGCGCAGAGCCUCCCGGGCCACAGGUCUGCCGUCAUGGAUCUUCUCGCAGAAGCAAAUGGCACCUUUGCCUUAAACCUUUUGAAAACGCUGGGUGAAGGCAACUCGAAGAAUGUGUUUUUCUCACCCAUGAGCAUGGCCUCUGCCCUGGCCAUGGUCUACAUGGGGGCACAGGGAAACACUGCCGUGCAGAUGGCCCAGGUACUUUCUUUAAAUAAAAGUGGUGGUGGCGGAGACGUCCACCAGGGCUUCCAGUCCCUUCUCACCGAAGUGAACAAGCCUGGCACCCAGUACCUGCUUAGGACGGCCAACAGGCUCUUUGGGGAAAAGUCCUGUGACUUCCUCUCAUCUUUUAGGGAUUCCUGCCAAAAAUUCUACCAAGCGGAGAUGGAGGAGCUUGACUUUAUCAGCGCCGCAGAGAAUUCCAGAAAACAUAUAAACACCUGGGUAGCUGAAAAGACAGAAGGUAAAAUUGCCGAGCUGCUCUCCCCGGGCACAGUGGAUUCACUGACAAAGCUGGUUCUGGUGAAUGCCAUCUACUUCAAAGGAAACUGGGAUAAACAAUUCCCCAAGGAGGACACCGAGGAGAGACCGUUUAAAGUCAGCAAGAAGGAAAAGAAACCUGUACAAAUGAUGUUUAAGAAAUCUACUUUUAAGAAGACCUAUAUAGGAGAAAUCUUUACCCAGAUCCUGGUGCUUCCCUAUGUCGGCCAGGAGCUGAAUAUGAUCAUCAUGCUUCCUGACGAGACCACCGACUUGAGAACGGUGGAGAAAGAAAUCACUUACGAGAAGUUCAUAGAAUGGACGAGGCUGGACAUGAUGGAUGAAGAGGAGGUGGAAGUGUUUCUCCCACGGUUUAAACUGGAGGAAAGCUACGACAUGGAGCGCGUCCUGCGCAACCUGGGCAUGACCGACGCCUUCGAGGUGGGCAAGGCAGACUUCUCCGGAAUGUCCAAGGCAGACCUGUUUCUGUCCAAGGUUGUGCACAAAUCCUUUGUGGAGGUCAACGAGGAAGGCACCGAGGCUGCGGCUGCCACAGCUGCCAUCGUGAUGCUGCGGUGCGCCAGAUUCACCCCCCGCUUCUGUGCCGACCACCCAUUCCUUUUCUUCAUCCAGCACAGCAAGACCAACGGGAUUCUCUUCUGCGGCCGCUUUUCCUCCCCGUGAGGACAGGGCGGUCUUUGUGCGCAGCCCCUCUCCUCUCUGUCCUCUGUCACUCCACAGUGUGCCUGCAACCCAAGUGGCCUUAUCUGUGCAGCGGGGGCAGUUCAGAAAUAAAGGGAACAAUUGUGGGAUGGCACAUUCA